GUGCGCGCUCGGACAGGACGGGAGGGCGCGCGGGACUUGAGCAGACCGGUCGGGUCAAGAAGCUGCAAAGAUGGAGAUCCGACCAGACAGGUUUAAGGCUUCAGCGGCCAAAACUUUGGGCAAAAUUAACAGGUAUGACUCUCAGAUAUCACUCACUCUGACACCGAGGUUGUUUUUUUUCCUGUUUCGCGCGUUUGUCACGGAUAGUUUUGGUUGUGCGGGACUCAGCGGAUCAUCCUGGUUCAGGGGUUCUGUCCAGUUCUGGUCCAGUCAGAGGAAAGUUCUCUCGGUAUUGAGGUUCUGUUUCUGAAGAGGUUUGUGCGACAGUUUUCACUACAGAGAGCGAGAAAAGUGCAGCUUUACGCAGCGUGUGUCAAAGAGAUAGAAGGGACAGAAGUGUUUUAACAAUUCUGGAAAGGUUUAUUUUAAUUAUCUUUAGUUUAUGACAGAGAAAAAAAGACAGUUUAGGUCUUCAUCAUCGGUGUAUCUGCGGUGAAAGUGUCCCGGAGCUGAGCGCAUGUGGACCGAAGAGGAUGUUCGGUUUGACGUUUUAUUUCCAGAGUCUGUUGUUGUGGAAGAAUAAAGAUGCUGCAGGUCUGGUGAGAGUUGGCUCAGCUCAAAGUGGAUUGAGAGUAUUGAUGUUUGAGGAGAUCAGGAGAAAGUGUGGUUACAUAAUGGAUCCGUGCGUUAUUGGCACGGCCUGGCUGUGAGUGAGAGCGCAGAGCAGAUGCUGCCAAAGUCACAAGAAUACAUCUAUUCAUUCAUAUAUCUAUAAAUAAGUAUGUAUUUAUCUGAUUUUUCUACCUUGACAGAUUUUUUUAUACAUAUAUAUUUAAUUGUAACACAUUAACAGCUGUGAGCUGGUUGGUUGGUGUCACAUCUAUAUUUUAUUCUAUAAAUCAGGAUUUGAUGGAUGAAACCAAACCUCAAACUUUUUACAACACCUCUGAGAGAAACUUCUUCUUCUCUGGUUUUUGAACAGAGACGGCUGUGGUCUUCACUGAUGGAGUUAAUUCUUCAUGUGCAGCAACUGUUUCGAUAUCCAUCAGUCUUUACAGCGAAAGCAGGAAAUCGAAACAUCUCCUUUCUUUGCUUUAAGCUCUCAUUUUCCCUUCUGUUCAUUUCCUGUCCUAUGAGAACAUCAGACAAUAAGAGAUAGUGAGUGUACCGUUUGUCCAUCUUCUGUGAAAUGAUUGAAACCUGAACAGAGCCUUCAGAUCCCUGUCUUUAGGUGUUCAAGUUUCUGUUUUCAGGUGUUUUUAUGGUAAACUCUGAGCUCUAACUUCAGUGUUCGACGUUUAAAGCUGCACGUGUUCAAAUGAACAGAAUAUGGUCAGAAAAGUUGCAGCAGAGCUCGGUGCGUUGGCAAUAUUUCAGUAAAAUGGCAGAGAUUAAAGACACUGAUAGAACCUCAUGCAAUAACCGUGGCCGUAAGCUUCGCUCUCUCAGGAUUUGAGGUAGCAACCAAACGUAUAAAUCCCGUCCUGAAAUAGCCUGUUUUUCAGUCCAGCUGUCGAGCCACGCAAAUCCCUAAACUCUCCCCUCCCACUCUCUCCAUCCCGGCCCAUGUCACUUCCUCCGGCCGCUCCCUCCUCCUCCCUCCCUCCAUCCUCUCAUCCAUCCAUUGAGAUACCAGUGCAGACAAGUUUCAGCCUGUCAAGGUCUCCCAGAUUAACAGACAUGCAAAUCUGAGGCUUUUUCUCUCUUACUGGUGAUGUGCCAUGCAUGUGCACAGACACGGCUGCUGCUGUUAUCAGAGAUGUGAUGUUUAAGACUGGAUCCAGAUUGGUGUUAGUGAGCAUCUCCUCAGCUUUUAUCCUCCCACAGUGGAUGUAGUUUGAUAGAAAAAGUGAAUAUUUGUGCCGCAGAUGUGUCUGAAUAUGUUGUAUUUUGAGUUGAGGAUAUCCUUUCCUCUGUGCAAUCUCACCACCUCACAGACAAAAUCCCUCCUGAUGAAAGCAGCCAGAAGUUCAUCUAUUAUUUAAAGGUUUUCUCCAUCAGAAUGCAUCUCCUGUUUCUAUAUUAAACUCCACUAGGUAAGCAUAAACUUCAGCACUGUAAGGUCAAGUGCUCGCUCCAUCUCUGCUCUCACUUUUCCCACUUCAACAUUUUCAAACCGAGGUUUUAAUAUCAGCUCUCCACCUCCUCAGCAGCUCUUCUUCAGACACACAAUCACUCGACAGCUCUCCUCUGAUCAGUUUUAAUCAUAUUUAAUUCUCUUUAUUAUUUUAUUUUCUAACGGCCUGUAAACGUUCGUUUGUGUCCCUCUGACAUCUCGUUAAACUGCCACUUCUAAGAAGACGAUGAAAUGAAUCAGCUGUUUGAGUCUCAGCAGAGGGAGCUUCUGUUUCUCUGCAGACUCGAACAGGUAAUCCAUUUUUAAUCCUUUUCACUGGCGGCAGAAAGCUUCAUUUUUAGUAACCUUACUCAGUGUUCUGCAAAGUGCUGCUCUUAAUCAAAUAUUCAAAUAAUGACGAGAUAAGCCCCGCCCUUGUUUUGAGGGACUCUGCAGUCAAACCUUUGGUCUAAUAAUCAUCUAAAUUUACAUUUUUUUAUUGAAGAAUAAUUGUUGUGUUUUAUUUCCCUCUAUUCUGUAAAUAUGAAUAUUUUAAAGACACUUUCAGGGACGGAGCAGCUCUGUAACUUGGCUUCAUUUCUCUGUCCAUGUGCGCAGUCAGAGGGGUUCCCUGUGUGUGUGUGUGUGUGUGUGUGUGUGUGUGUGUGUGUGUGGACCGUGUUUUUGGAGAGCUGUGAAGUUUAGUGCUGCAGGUUCUCACUCAUGAUCACAGAUGGUCAGAUGGAUGCAGGUGAACACGAAAUAACAGGUUCAAUUCAAAGUCCGGACUGAUGCAUGGCGUGUGUGUGUACGGUGGCCCUGAGGGGUCAACCUCACAAAUAAACAUUUCAUAAACCAAAAAAAUCACGAGGAAAUAAAAAUAAAAAAAGCAAAAAUAUUGACAGAGUGCAGAUCGUACGUGUUUGUCUCAUGAAAUAGUUUUUAUGUUUCCUAAAUAGGUCUGCACUUUUUUUCUCUCUUUUUUUUUCAAUAGACUUUAUUUAUAUGUUCAGAAAUAUCAGAUAUGACUUUAUUUAUCACACAGCCGAGAGACAACAGAAGAACACAAGACAGAUAAUUAUAAAAAUCUAAAGAAAAUAAAAAAUGUAAUUUAAUACAAAAACACAGUUUCACUCCGCCUACAGAAAUGUUUGACUUAUUAUUAUUGCACAUGAACAGAUACUGCAUUAAUGUAUAUAAAUAAAUGUAAAGUUAAAUUCAGUGUAUCCAGUACAGAGUUGUGUUUGUAACUGGAGCAGACUCAGACGAACAGAUGAAAUAAUUCAAACAUGUUUUUUUUUCUUUUUGUUUGAUUGAAUUUUAUUUUGAACAUAUAAAAAAUAAUAAAAAAGUAAAUAUUACAACAACAAAUGAUAAAAUCUUAUCCAUGAUCAAAAAGGAAGAAGUUGAAACUUAUAGUCCCACCUCUUCUCCUACACUGAUGAUUUACAUAUAUACUAUAAUAUUAUAUAAUAAUAUUCAUCAUCAUAAUUCUAAUCGCAAUAAAAAUUUAACAUUUAAUUUAACAUUUGACCACAGAGCAUCAGUUCAGGGAUUAUUACCAUGUAAACAUUAUUUGUGAUGAUGGCGGUGAUAACCUGAGGGCGACCAGACCGGGUAAAGAUGGCCGAUCCGCUGGCAGCCAUCGUAGCUGAGGUGGAAAAACGUCGCUCAUGAUCCAGAAGCUUUAAAAGACAAAAUGACGUAUUAUAGAUGUUUGUAUUUACGUUCACGGGGGUCACAUGUUCGCAGGAUUGUAAAACUCUGUCAAAGCUCAGAGGUUUGGAAAGUUGUGUCCAUGAAUGAAGAGAGGUUGGCGUUAAAGGAGGUUUGAAAUGAUUGUAGGAGGCACAGAGGCGGGAGAACCACUUCAGUUUAAGGUCGGGAAGAUUCGGACCCGGCUCACGGACGGCUGUCUGUUUAAAGUAACGGGAAGUCGCGAGCGUUUGAGUUUUAUUCUGUGAGCUCAGAGGAAGGUCAUACGAGUGGAGGUUUGAAUAUUAUGUACAUGUGUGUGUGUGUGUGUGUGUGUGUGUGUGUGUGUGUGUGUUGUGACAGGAUGGGGAGGAGGGCGUCUCCCUGGGUGACACAGUCCCACAGAGACCCAAUCUGUUCUCUUCAGGGAGAGGGGACGUGGAGGAAGGGGGAGACACCACGGUGGAGAGGAGCUGAAACUCCAUUUUAGAGAUGACACCUUCACCUCCGACAGACGCGUGUUUUUAAAAAAGACUGAAGUAGAGAAAGAGGGAGGAUGUGUUUAAGGUGGAGGAGAGCGCGCAGGUUUACUCGAAGCACAAUGAAGGAUUAUUUCAGCACACGUGGACAAAUAACCACCAGGACGCCUGCACACGUUAUAUAAUCAUUUUACUGUCAACCUCCCUGCUUCGCUCGCUCGCUCGCCAUCAUCCUCUUAUGAGAGGAUUACACAGAGCGCUCUGUGAAUUGGUGAAUUUAAUAUACAGGGUAACAAAGGUCCAGGUCGCCACUCUUGCACGUGCAGACACGGCGUUAUCGUGUUGGAGCUGAGAGGUUGGAGAAAAUGACCAAGAGCCAAAGUAUCAUCAAAGUUCUGACAGAGCGACUUCUUCUGAUGUUUAGAUAUGAAGGUUUGCAGUGCAUGAUGGUCAAAUACACCGUGGUUAAAGAGAGCGCGCUCAGGUACAGCUGACUGAUCUAAACUGAUCACUCACCUGCAACAACAUCAUGAAACACCUGAAGAAAAGAAUCAGGAACAGACUUCAGCAGACCAACAACAUCCACCGCCACGACUUCAACGAUCACCUCAGAGAGCGAUUCCCGCCACCUGACCAUGACCAUCAAAACUGGAGCUGUAGACGCUGGAGCGCGUCAGCUUGAUCAUGUCGUUACCGCUGGUCUGAGAUCAGUCAGGACCACUGAGGUCGAAUAGAGGUCAUCGUUUUCUUCAUGAGGUUAGAUUUGGUGGUCAUGGCGAGCACAACUUCCCUCCGUUUAAUGAAACCCAGAGGCAGGCAGCGCAGCAGCAAAGACUUCUGGGAUACAGGACAGAGCAGGUAUAUGACACAGUGUCACCCCUGAUUGUCACCACAUCCAGAACAGCGGCGAUUUUCGCUGUACGCCAAUCCCUACCAGAUCCGUUUGUGAGACGAAUUUCGUGGCAAAUUACGGACAGCAGUAAUCCCAAGAACUCACAAGAACCCGCGGAUUCACGUUCAAUCACACCAUAACGAGUUGUCUCUCUAAAGACAGACACAUAGACAUAUAAGCAGUAGAUUGUGUCCUUCCAGAGGAGGAAAUCUACUUCUAGACUUCUAGAAUCAGCAUCUCCUCGUCCAUGGUGUCAUCGGGGUGAAAUGACGUCUAAAAACCUUUCACUUGUUCGUCUCCGCCCGUUUGCAUGGUGUGAAAUACGAUCCUCCUGAAACACGGAGUGUUUUAUUUUGAAAAGAAGCCGGAUGUUUUAUUUUGUGUCUGUGCCCGACUUCCUUUCCAGCACAGAGUUUGACUUUGUGGCCUGCCUGAACUAGCACCACGCUCUGUUUUCAGUACUUCUGUCAGGUUCAGGUGAUCGGUGAUGAAGUUUAUGACAAAGGUUUUAUAUUUUUGUCGAUUCAUCGUCUCUAACCGCAGAAAAUUUUACUGCAGAAAAACUGAAAUUUGUCUGAAUAUCGUUUCAUUUCUUUGUCUCUGUCACGUCAGCGCGACUUUGAUUUGUAAACCAGGUUCGAUGUCGCAGGUCGACCUUUCCCCCCCGUGCUCAGGUGAGGAUCUCAGCUCUGAUCUCAGUUGGAGAUGUGUGUGUGUGUGUGUGUGUGUGUGUGUGAGUCUCUGCUCGCUCUGUCACUGUUGUAAUUAUGAUAUUUCAGACCGGAGCCCGGGGUCACGGCACUCCUGCCCGCUCACGCUCUCUCGCUUAUUAAUUGUUGCCAGCUGAGACCAAUCAGAUCCUCGCUACGCUGGUGAGGAAACCGACAUCAGCUGAGAGAGCGGUUAGUGAGCCUCACACGAAGGUAAACGUCCGGGGACUCUUCUGUGCACGUGUGUCUCAUACCUGCGCUCGCUUUAUAGAGAGUGUCGUGUUGACAUGAAGCGCGCCGACGAACGCUGGUUUAUGUUCAGAUCACUGUUGGUUCAGUAUCUGACAGUGAACCUCCACCUGAACAUGAAACAGCAGACGGAGGCGAGUGUUCGGACACGUGGGUCAGAGUGGCCUUUAGUGGGAGUCAGCGGUAAUUAAGAGUUUGCUGUGGGCUCGCCUCGUUAGCUGGGAGCGUAUGUGAAGGAGUCGGGCUGCAAUCUGUCGAGAGCUUUAAUGAGCAUCCUGCUGCACCCCCCACCUCACCGAGUCAGCACAUUUGUUUCAUACUGAGAGGACAGGUGUGUGUGUGUGUGUGUGUGUGUGUGUGUGUGUGUGUGUGUGUGUGUGUGUGUGUGUGUGUGUGUGUGUGUGUGUGAGGUCAGGUGAGCCAACAGAAAACACGGACACACUUUAGAGCAGACGUGGGCAUUUAACGACCUUUGGACGUCUUUGUGAGGUCCGUCAAUCACAUCAUCAACAACAUGUCAUACAAGUGUGAUGCUUUUAUUCUGAAACCGCCCAUUUCUGAGCGGUCCGCUCUUUCUGACUGUAAACAAAGCCGUUCUCCACCUCCUCUAACCUGAUUGGUUGUGAGGCAGACGCUGCUCCCCCGUGUCGUUCAGGAGCCCAAACAAAGUUAGCGUGCUACAAUAUCGGACAGUAGAAACCAACCAGAAAGUUCGGAAAAUUGUCUGAAUCCUCCUUUGGCCACGACUGCCGACACAAGCAAGAAAAGACUCAAACAUAAACAGUCAGCAAGAAAACAGACAACACCAAAACAAUCAGCAAAAAACAGUCAACACUAAAAGAGUCAACAAGAAAACAGUCAACCAUAAACAGUCAAAACCAAAACAGUCAACAAGAAAACAGUCAACAAGAAAACAGUCAACAAGAAAACAGUCAGCAAGAAAACAGUCAACAAGAAAACAGUCAGCAAAAACAGUCAACAAGAAAACAGUCAACCAUAAUCAGUCAACAAGUAAACAGUCAACAAGAAAACAGUCAGCAAGAAAACAGUCAACCAUAAACAGCCAACACCAAAAGAGUCAACAAGAAAACAGUCAGCAAGAAAACAGUCAAAACCAAAACAGUCAGCAAGAAAACAGUCAGCAAGAAAACAGUCAACAAGAUAACAGUCAACCACAGUAAACACCAAAACAGUCAGCAAGAAAACAGUCCACACCAAAACAGGCAACAAGAAAACAGUCAACAAGAAAAUGCUGCUCCCCUGUGUCGUUCAGGAGCCCAAACAAAGUUAGCGUGCUACAAUAUCGGACAGUAGAAACCAGUCAACAACAAAACAGUCAACAUCAAAACAGUCAACACCAAAACAGUCAACCAUAAACAUUCAACAAGAAAACAGUCAACAUCAAAACAGUCAACAAGAAAAUAGUCAACAUCAAAGCAGUCAACAAGAAAACAGUCAACACCAAAACAGUCAACCAUAAUCAGUCAGCAAGAAAACAGCCAGCAAGAAAACAGUCAACAUCAAAACAGUCAACACCAAAACAGUCAACCAUAAACAGUCAACAAGAAAACAGUCAACAUAAAAACAGUCAACAAGAAAACAGUCAACCAUAAUGAGUCAACAAGAAAACAGUCAACCAUAAUCAGUCAGCAAGAAAACAGUCAACCCCAAAACAGUCAACACCAAACCGGUCAACAAGAAAACAGUCAACCAUAAUGAAUCAACAAGAAAACAGUCAACCCCAAAACAGUCAACAAGAAAACAGUCAACAGGAAAACAGUCAACAAGAAAACAGUCAACCAUAAACAGUCAGCAAGAAAACAGUCAACAUCAAAACAGUCAAAACCAAAACAGUCAACAAGAAAACAGUCAACCAUAAACAGUCAACAAGAAAACAGUCAACAAGAAAACAGUCAACCAUAAACAGCCAGCAAGAAAACAGUCAACAAGAAAACAGUCAACCAUAAACAGUCAACACCAAAGCAGUCAACAAGAAUACUGUCAACAAGAAAAUGCUGCUCCUCCGUGUCGUUCAGGAGCCCAAACAAAGUUAGCGUGCUACAAUAUCGGACAGUAGAAACCAACCAGAAAGUUCGGAAAAUUGUCUGAAUCCUCCUUUGGCCACGACUGCCGACACAAGCAAGAAAACAACGUAAAUACCGGAGACUCUGGAGGAAUAACGGGCGCUUAAAACGGAGGUAGACCGGACAAGAGCUAAAAAGCCGGGUCAACAUAAACGAUGGGGGACGCUUGGGGAUCUUGGUGACCCUGUAACCUUUCUGCUGGACAGGUAAACCGCUUUAACAAAGUAAGACAAGUGUCUGUAACAGAAGUGUUUCUUGUCAAACGGACCUGCUGUAGCGUGUUGUAGCGCCAUCGCUAAACUGUCCUCCCUCGGGUCCUGGACUAUGUCACUUUAUCCUCGUUGUAGAAGUCCUGCAAACAUUGUGUUUGCUGGUAGUCUGUUGGCGUCUACAGUAGCACCAAUGCUUUUGACUUUCACCUUGACUGGGCCCCAUUUGUAAUGAUCUGAAGGAUUUAUCUCUAACUAUAUUUAAGUUCCUGUUGAGGGUCGACCUUUAAUUUUGGACAUUUCUGAUUUGUUCUUGUUGAUUCUCAUGAAAGUUUCCAACUUUGAAAAUUCUCUGAAUUUUGCAGCCGUAGCUUCCUCUGAGGUGGAGCAGCUUUAUGAAACAUGGAUGGAGUUCCUGGAUGAGCUGCAGCUGAAACAAUCACAGACGUUUCUCCUCCUCCUCCCCACAGAUCAGAGAUGAUUAUUUUUAUUUCUGCUACAAAGACGAACAUUUUCUUAAUCUUAAAAAAUAAAAAUCGAACAGAAAACUCUGAACCUGAAUCAGAGGAAUCAUGAUCUCUGCAGCCCGAGUGUCGUGAGAGACGGAGAGAGCACGCCGAACCACGCCCAGCAGCCUCUCCUCCUCCUCCAUAUUCAUUUCCGGAAGUAAAUCAUUUUUGUAAUCCUAAUCUGAAUGUUGUGACAGAUUAAGAGAGAGAGAGAGAGAGCGAGGAUGCAGCCUCUCUAAUCUCCUACAGAGUCUAAAAUGUUGCUCACUGAAGAAUUACUGUCCUCUUGUCUCUUGUGUUUGAGUCCAUGUGAGGAACUUUACAGAAGAACCAACAAAGAACUUCAGAGAUCAUCAUCGUCGUCGUCAUCGUACCUUCAGAUCUGUCAGCGGUUCUGUGUGGUUCACAGAGACAUAGACAGAGAUUAUAGAGUCUGCUGAUGUGUGGGAGUGGGGGAGGGAGUCAAAUCCACAUGCAUAAUAUAGAAACAGAGAGUGUAGAUGCAGAGAGGCAGACGGAUUGAUGCUGACAGAAAAUGGUGUAAAAGCCAAAGUAAAUAAUUCAUCCUCCCAAAAACACAUCAAUAAUGAAGCAGAGGCGGAGUCUCUGUUAGUGUGAGUGAAGAAGUUAUCUCAGUGUGCAGAGAGACGGAGGGUUCGAGGGCAGGAACCCUCUGGUUCUGGAUUUACAGAACCAUCUUCAGACCCAGAUGUUAAGAAUGAAAGAUCCUGGUCCCCACAGGACGGCAGCGUGGAGGUGUGGGUGUGGGUGUGGGUGUGUUUUCAGAUCAUUAUUCUGCAGCUCAGUGACUAACUGGAUCAGCUGGAUGGAAGCGUGAACCUCACCGUCGAACACUCAGAGUCAAACAGACAAACAAACAUAAAUGAUAUACAAACAAUUUACAGUUAAUAAUAUAGAUUAUUAUAAAAGAAAUAAACAUGCUGGAGGUUUGCUGACGUGAUUUAAUCUGAGAGAAACACGGAUCUGCAGAGAGCCUGUACGGUCUGCCAUAUGCAUGCUCUGUGUGUGUGUGUGUGUGUGUGUGUGUUAAGAGUAUGGAGGUUAUGGUACACAGAUGGCCGCUCUCCUGACUUCUCUGUUUGACUUCUGUGGAAAAAGAAGUCCGAGUGUUUUUACCGUCACGGUCCUGAAAAUAAACAGAUCUGCGUCUCUCUCUCAGAAAAACGACAAAGAAUCUAAAUAAUGUUCAGAGUUUCUUCAGAUCAUAAAAAACACAUGAUGACGAUUGAAAGGACCUUAUUUUGGAGACGUUUUAUUUUCACUCUCAGGAAAGCUUCAGUUUUUCUACUAAACCAAUUCUUCAGUCGAUCAACAUGAACAAAAAGAAACAGCUGACAGUAUUUCCACCUCAGAGAUGAAACUCCACUCAGUUUAGGAGACGGUUAAAUUCAGGGUCAGUUCAGUCUGAACAGGCGGCCAUCUUGAACGGAUCAGUAAGGAGGCGGGUCCAGAGCGUCGUGAAGAAGUGGACACCAGGGGACCGCGACUCUCUGCUAGUGACAGCUGAUCCACCUGCUGAGACACGCUAAGUCAGACACGUGUGUGUGAGUGUGUGAGUGUGUGUGUGUGUGUGUGUGUGUGUGUGUGUGUGUGUGUGUGUGUGUGUGUGUUCAGUUAAAGCUUUAGAUUAGGGCUGGGUGAUAUGGGAAAAGUUUAUCACAAUAUUAUGAUCAUAUCAGCUGAUAUGGAUCAAUAUCAGGAUAUAAAAAUCUAACAGUGUUUCUUGGUCUCAUGUCUUUUCCAACACAAUAAUCUCCUGCAUCUGUGAGGUCUUUGUGUCUCUUUGGCGUUUUGUCGUAAGGCGUCGCUCUAGAGAAAGCCGACUGAAUGGUCGUCUGUUUCGGCUCCUCGCUCCUCUCGGGGUUUGUAACCUCUUGCGUUGCGCGUGCUCUGCGGCGUGGCGCUGCUUCAGGUGGUGAAAAAGAUUUGAGGUAUUCCCCGACUUUGUGAGAACAUGUCCUCGACAUAAUUUACAGUCCACAUUACUCUGCUUCAUGUCCGACCUCCAAAAACCAAAAUACCUCCACACCACCGACGUUUUCCUAACGCCAGUGUUGUGGUUGACAUUGAUGUGGUCAUCUGUUGAGCCUUCAUGGUCAUUUCUGUCGGGGGUAGCACUCAUUUUCUUUGUUUCUCACCAACAGUGCUGUCGGCUUCACCUGUUAAAGUGCUAUGGUUGGGUGGAGCUGCUGUCUGCUACGACGCUGCAGUUGGUUGAUACUUGGUUCUAAUUCAGAACAUGAUUGGUUCAGACCCGGAGAAACUCCCCUUUUCAUUGGCUGUUCAUAUAGUCUUCCAAAACAUGUCAGAAUGACGACUAUUGAAAAGGAUAUUGAUCAUGUUUUAUAUUGAUAUUGAGGGAAAUUAUUUUUCAAUAUAUAUUGUUAUCGUUUUAUCGCCCAGCCCUUCGUAAAAUAAAUAAAAAUAAAAUAAAUAAAAUAAAUAAAAUAAAAUAAAUAAAUAAUAAAUAAAUAAAUAAUAAAAAUAAAAUAAAUAAAUAAAAUAAAAUAAAAUAAUUAAAAAUUCCUUCUAAUGUUGAAAAAGUUCACAGAGAAACAGUCUCAUAUUCUGUCGGAUCACCGAAAUACACUUUCUCUCUCUCUCUCUCUCUCUCUCUCUGUCUCUCUGUCUCUCUCUCUCUCUCCCUCUCUGUCUCUCUCUCUCUCUCUCUCUCUCUCUGUCUCUCUCUCUCUCUCUCUCUCUCUCUCUCUCUCUCUCUCUCUCUCUCUCUCUCUCUCUCUCUCUCUCUCUCUCUCUCUCUCUCCGUCUCUCUCUCUCUCUCUCUCUCUCUCUCUCUCUCUCUCUCUCUCUCUCUCUCUCUCUCUCUCUCUCUCUCUCUCUCUCUCCAGGUUGAUCGAGAAGCGACAGCCGAAUGGAGAAACCAUCGAGUUGUCUGCGGAGGGCCGUCCUGAGCUGGUGGAGGAGAAGGAGCUCCCCGUGGUGGACUGCACCUGCUUCGGCCUGCCGAGGCGGUACAUCAUCGCCAUCCUGUCCGGUCUGGGAUUCUGCAUCUCCUUCGGGAUCCGGUGUAACCUUGGCGUGGCCAUCGUGAGCAUGGUCAACGACCACACCGUCUACAAAGGCAACAAGGAAGUUCUGGUGGUGAGUUCGACCCGGUCCAGUCUGCCUAUGGGAAGACCAUCUGUUUCAGAACCGGACUGUAAAGACCUGUUUUUGUGUUUUGUCCUGUCUGCAGGCGGCACAGUUCACCUGGGACCCUGAGACCGUGGGGAUGAUCCACGGCUCCUUUUUUUGGGGUUACAUCGUCACACAGAUCCCGGGCGGAUUUAUAUGUCAGAAGUUUGCAGCCAACAGGUGAAGGUCCUCACAGUUCCAUAAAAACACCAGUCUGUGUUUAAACUGAGGGUGGUCUGUCUUCACAAACAUGGAGCUGAAUUAAACAGGAACAGGAAGUAACGUGUUCAUUAACACACCAGAGUGUAGCCUUACUCAGAGCCACGACCAUGAAGGGCUGACCGAGGACACCAAAAAUCAUCAUCACUAUUAUUUUGAUGGAUAAUCAUGUCAGGAUUAGAAAACAUGAUUACACAAAAUCUGACAUCUGCAUCGAAAACAUCGAUGCAACUUCAAACCUCCUCCUUCUCCUCCUCUCUCCUCCUCUCCUCUCUCCUUCUUAAUAAACGUUCUUAUUUCUGAUGUUUUCUGAUGGUCAGAAUCACGGUUUAAGUAUGAUGUUCUCGCCGCGCUCAGAUGUCUCUCUCUCUCUCUCUCUCUCUCUCUCUCUCUCUCUCUCGGUUGUUUCUGUAAAAUCAUCCUGAGGCUCUUUUUGUUUGUUUGUUUGAAUGUUUAAGAGUGUUUGGCUUCGCCAUCGUGGCCACAUCCACCCUCAACAUGCUGAUUCCAUCCGCUGCUCGCUGCCAUUACAGCUGUGUCAUAUUGGUCAGGAUAUGCCAGGGUCUUGUUGAGGUACAGUAUGAGUGUGUGUGUUUGUGAGCAGCUGCAGGACUCUCUCUCUCUCUCUCUCUCUCACAUGCAGGAGUUUUUCCCUGACUCUGUCUUGUCCUUCAGGGGGUAUCGUACCCAGCCUGCCACGGGAUCUGGGCCAAGUGGGCUCCUCCUCUGGAGAGGAGUCGAUUAGCCACAACAGCCUUUUGUGGUAAAGUCUGAAGUUUCUGCUCAGUCGAAGUUCAGUUAGUGUGAAAAAUUAUCACCGUCAGAGAGAUGGAGAUGUUUUCUUCUUCUUCUUCAGAGUGACUUCAUGUUUUUAAAUUAUUGAUGAUCGUCAGUAAAAAUGGAUGACUGUUGGUUGUCUCUCUCUCUCUCUCUCUCUCUCUCUGUUGGAUGUUAGGGUCAUAUGCGGGGGCGGUGGUGGCCAUGCCUCUUGCUGGGAUACUGGUGCAAUACACUGGGUGGCCUUCAGUAUUCUACGUCUAUGGUGAGUAUAUCUAUACUCAGUUUACUGCAGGACUGUGGCACAGAUGAGCACAGAUGUACGGUGGCCCUGAAGGUCAACUGCACGAAUAAUCCAUGACUGCAAUAAAACAUGUCAGGUGUUUACAAAAAAUAUUUAAUUAAACACAGAGAUGUUUCAUCAAAUUAAAGAUAUUUUACAAAAUAAAAACGAUUCAAUGGAUAAAAUAUUUCUUAGUAUGUGAAAAAAAAUUCAUGAAUAAAAAAACUAGGAUACAAAAACACUAAACAAUCUUUUCAUGAAUUUUUAUUUUCCUGUUUCUUUUAAUUAUUGAAUUUCUUUUGUAUUUGAAAUUAUUUUUUGUUGUGAAAUACUUUUUAUAUUUUAUUAAACAUUUUUGUAUUUCUUAAUUUUUAUUUGCGAUUCAAGUUUCAUUAAAUUUUUUAUUAAAUUUUAACGCUUCUUUUUUAUUCUUUGUUGUUUUUUUGCAUGUAAUUUAUCCUUUGCUCAUUUAUUAUUGUUUUCUUCUAUAAAAAUACUUGUUUUUGCAUUUCAUUAAUUUUUUUAGAAAUGUUGUUUUCAGUUUAACAUUUAGAUUUUCAUAAUGCAAUAUAAUGUAUUAAUACUGUAAAUUCUUUUGCUGUUAGUUUAUUUAAAUGUUUUUUUCUGCAUUAAAUUAAAUAUUUUUGUAAUUUCUGAUUUUUUUUGUAUUUAAUUUGAUAUUUUCUGUUUUAAAAAAAAAUAUUUUUUAUUUACAGAAAAGAUUUUUACUUUCUCUGAAACUUCUUUAGGAUUAAAUUUAAUUUAUGAUUAAAUAAAAUUAAAUAAAUAAUUUAGUUUUUUCUGUGAAAUGCUUUUGGCUUUUAUUUUCGCAGAGAGGAAAUGUUUUUGCCUUUGCCCUUCAGGGCCACCGUACAGUUCUCAUAUGUAUACUAUGUAAAUAAAUGUAGAAGUGUAUUUUGUGGUUCACACUCAGGUGUCAGGAUUCGAUCCAGAACUUUUCUGUUUUCUGUUUUUUUUUUCUCCUCACCUUCUCAAACACGUUUUCUUCCUCUUGGUUUGAUUUGUUCUCAGACUUUUCUAUUUCUCGUCUGGACUCACGUCCGUCUGUUUCUGCUCCUCUCUUCCUCUUCCAGGCAGUUUUGGGAUCUUCUGGUAUCUGUUUUGGAUCCUGGUGUCUUACGAGAGUCCUGCAGCUCAUCCCACCAUCACACCUGAGGAGAGGAAGUACAUCGAGGACGCCAUCGGAGAGUCUGCAGGGUUCAUGAAUCCUCUCCAGGUACGAGCCUUUCUCUUGUUCCUGAUCACACACUCACACGGAGGGUCUCUGGGGGGCGCUCACACAAACACAGAGAGUUAGACUGUCGAGGAGGGAUCGAUCCGCCUCAGCUCACUGAUAUCUUGUUCCUUUUGGAUGCAGAAAUUCAAAACCCCGUGGAAACACUUCUUCACCUCCAUGCCGGUCUACGCCAUCAUCGUGGCCAACUUCUGCAGGAGCUGGACCUUCUACCUGCUGCUCAUCAGCCAACCGGCGUACUUCGAGGAGGUCUUUGGAUUUGAGAUCAGCAAGGUCAGAGGGGAACGAAGAUUUACCUCUGUAACACGAUUCAGGUUUCACUCAAAUCAGAGGAAAAAAGAGGAAAAGUUUCCUCAAACAGACAAACAGAAGAAUGAAGAAUAUAAAUUUAUCUCUCUCUUUCAGGUGGGGAUAGUGUCGGCUCUCCCUCACCUGGUGAUGACCAUCAUCGUUCCUAUUGGAGGACAGCUGGCGGACUACCUGAGGACCCACAACCUGAUGUCCACCACCAACGUGAGGAAGAUGAUGAACUGUGGAGGUGAGUGGAGAUCAGGGAGGAGGAGUGAAGGUCAUCAGUAAAUAUUCCCGCCGUUUCAGGACUGUAAAGGUUCAGAGGAACUACCGUGAAAAUGUCUCGUCUCUCUCUGACCGUUUUCUUCUUUUUUUUAAAUUUAUUCGUUUUGACGUGUUUCAGGUUUCGGGAUGGAGGCCACGCUCCUGCUGGUGGUGGGAUACUCGCACACUAAAGGAGUCGCCAUUUCCUUCCUGGUCCUGGCCGUGGGUUUCAGCGGGUUCGCCAUUUCAGGUAAGAGACGGAUCUGAGGUUAACUUACCGAGUCGGUCAUCUGUCUGAUCGUCUCCUAAAAGGUCGUAUCCUCCGAUCGUAGCUGAUCGUAACCAUUCAAGUUAACGUGUCAAUUUACACCGACUUCUUUCCGUUCCAUUCCUCCCUCCGUUUUUAGACGUCAUUUCACCCCGAUGACACCAUGGAUGAGGAGAUGCUGAUUCUAGAAGUCUAGAAGUAGAUUUCCUCCUCUGGAAGGACACAAUCUACUGCUUAUAUGUCUAUGUGUCUGUCUUUAGAGAGACAACUUGUUAUCGAGCGAUUGAACGUGAAUCUGCAGGUUCUUGUGAGUUCUCAGAUUCCUGCUGUCUGUAAUCCACCAAGAAAUUUACCUCAUUAAUGGAUCCGGUAGGAAUUGGCGGAUGGUGAAAAUCGCUGCCAUUACGGAUCCGGUGGAAAUUGGGGGUGAUAUCAAUCAGAUUUAGGGUUCCUUCAAAAUAAAAGCAGAGUUUAACAAGGCAGGAAAUGAAAUAAUUUAUGUGUAAAACAGAAAACGACAUCAGAGCGGUUCGAGUCAGAGCAGGAAUCAGACGUUUGAGUAUCAGACGAGGUUCGUUAUUUCACUCUAAUGUCGUCGUUUUGAGGUUUUGAUGAUCCCGAUAAUCGUCUGCAGAAAACUCCUGAUGUUCUAAAACUAAACCCUGUCUCUGCUCUGUGACUCAGGGUUUAACGUGAACCACCUGGACAUCGCUCCUCGAUACGCCAGCAUCCUGAUGGGCAUCUCAAACGGCGUGGGGACGUUAUCGGGGAUGGUCUGUCCUCUGAUCGUGGGCGCCAUGACCAAACACAAGGUACAGAAACCUUCAGCAGCGCAAACGUUUAACGUGUCCAAAUGUUCACGACCUCUCUGAAAUUUAAUCGCCUUUCUCCACGUUUCAGACGCGUGAGGAGUGGCAGGGCGUCUUCCUCAUCGCGUCGGUGGUUCAUUACGGAGGAGUGAUUUUUUACGGUAGGAGCUGAGCGCGAAUCAAGAGUCUGACAGAGCGCGUGCAGAAGUCUGAUCACAUGUUCUCCUCUCCAGGACUCUUUGCGUCAGGAGAGAAGCAGCCGUGGGCCGACAUCGAGGACACCAGCGACGAGAAGUGCGGCAUCAUCGCCGAGGAUGAACUGGCCAAUGAGACGGAGGAGCUCUACCGUGGAGGCGGGCAGUACGGGGCCAUGAGCCAACAGGCCGUUGGAUCGAACGGAGGAGGCGGAGCCGGCGCCGGGUGGGUGUCGGACUGGGAUAAGUCUGAGGAGUACGUUCAGCCGCCGGGACACAACUCCUACAUGUACGGAGGAGGGGAGGAGCGAGAGCUGACGUAGAGGAGCGGCGAGAGCUGACGUAGAGGAGCGGCGAGAGCUGACGUAGAGGAGCGACCACCGACGAGUGAAAAAAAAAACACCCCAAAACAAAAAAGGAGGCGGAGUUAAAGAGAGAGAGAGAGACCUGCUGUGUGCUUUACAACAAACCUGACAGAGCACCAAUCAGAGCCUGGACCUGACUCAUCCCAGUGUGUGUGUGUGUGUGUGUGUGUUUGAGCACGUGCAUGUAUGUGCACAAACAUGUUCAGUAUCCAUGACAAAAACUGAGUCCAUCUCCCAGACCUUCAUCCCGCUCUUCAGCUUCGCUGUGAUUGGUCAGACGCUCUUUCAUCAACACAGAGGCGGGUCUUUGUGAGUGUGGGUGUGUCUUUGUGUGUACUUAUGUGUAUUUUGGCUUUUAUAGCAGUUUUUAAAUUUUAAUGUUUAAUCCACGUCUGUGAAGGUGAAGCAGCUCUGAGAUCAGAAACAUCAGACAUGAUUGACAGACAUUUGUCCACAAAUUCGACACGAUCAGAAACUUUUCUUUAGUUUUGAGAAUCUUCGUUGUUAAAGUUCGUUUGCAUGUUUCAGUCGGUUUGAGCUGGUUUGAGUUUGUUCACAGAGACAAAAAGGUGCUUCGAUUUCAUGUUACUCUGUGUGUUUAAAGUGUGUGUGUGCACGCUUGUUUGAAUGUGUGAAUGUGUAAAGGUGUGUGUGUGUGUGUUUGUGCACACAGCUGCAUGUGUCGUCUAGCUGGAUCUCACCUGGGUCUGACCUAACUGGGUCACGUCCAGCUCGGCUCAUGGGUCACAUGAAUAAUCACCUGACAUCCAUGACUCUCCACUGUGUGUGUGUGUGUGUGUGUGUGUG